UCAAUAAGAACAUGGCUCGAUAAAACUAGAAAGAAAAGGCGAUAAAUAUGGAAUUUGUACCAACAAUUUGAUGAAGUUAUAUGCAAAACUAGUGUGGUUAUCGCAAUCGAAAGUCCCUCCCUCUCACCUCUCGCCGUUGGACCCAAGCCACUGCACCGAUAGCGCCGAUUUGGAGCACCCUAGUCUAGGCAUGUUUCAGAUGGGAAAUACAGGUCAGUGACGGUUCCUGACACAAGUACAGAGUGUCAGGAAUUCAGUCGGCUACCUGUCGUUCACGACCCAAGUUCCCUACGAUCCAACCCGGAGUGUCUCUGUAAUGUCUGCCGCUUCUCUGCGCUACCACAACAAGGUGGCCGUGGUCACUGGAGGCUCCAAGGGGAUUGGAAGAGGAAUAGUCAAAGUGUUUGUGGAAAACGGUGCUAAAGUAGUGUUCUGCGCCAGAGGAGUUGUCGCAGGUGAGGCUCUUGAAGAAGAACUCAACAAGGCGGGCCCGGGGUCCUGCAAGUUUAUGACCUGCGAUGUGUCCAAAGAGGAAGACCUCAAGGUACGGCCAGAGACUCAUUGAGGCCACGGUGCAGCUCUACGGACAGCUGGACUGCCUGGUGAACAACGCUGGGUGGCACCCCCCUCAUAAAGAGACAGAUGAGACUUCAGCAGAAGAGUUUAAAGACCUUCUGAAUCUCAAUCUAAUCAGCUACUUCCUCGCCUCCAAAUUUGCUUUACCACACCUGCGUAAAACUGAAGGAAACAUCAUUAACAUUUCCAGCCUAGUUGCCAGUCUCGGUCAGGUCGGAGCUGUGCCCUAUGUCGCCACGAAGGUGAGUUCUCAACUUGAUUGCUCUAGAAGCCGCUGUUCUGUUCCCAUUUGGUCAGCCCCUGUUAUGUCCACCUUUUACCACAAGGGGGCGAUCAUCUCCAUGACGAAAGCCAUGGCGGUGGAUGAGAGUCGCUUCAAAGUGCGUGUAAACUGCAUCUCUCCCGGUAACGUUCUGACGCCUCUGUGGGAGGAGUUGGCCGAUCAGACCCCAGACGCCACCGCCGCCCUCAAAGCUGGAGCUGACUGUCAGCUGAUUGGCCGCAUGGGCACGGAGGAGGAGAGCGGGCUGAUGGCGCUGUUCCUGGCGGCCGACGCCACCUUCUGCACCGGGGUGGACCUGCCGCUCAGCGGGGGGGCGGAGCUAAACUACGGCUUCAAGAACCGCCUCCCCUGAGGUAGACGACGGUCGGCUCGUUAACGUAACGAGGGAACACAACGUCUUUUACGCUUUUAAACUAUUAUCAUUGUUACGUUUCUUCUUCUCUAAGUCAGCGCCGGCCUUUGCUGCUAAAUGCAUUAAAAUAUGUUUUAUUUUAUUUGUUAUUACUGAGUGAUUGUUCUGUUCUCUCUCUCU